GAAUGGCCAGGGCGGGGAAUGAGCUCUAGCUGUGGGAUCGGCUGAGUGAACUGAGGAGGCGCCGCGAUGGCGACGACGCCGGCAGCUGCUGCUGCUGCAAGGAGCGUGGUGUUUGUCACCGGCAACGCCAAGAAACUGGAGGAGGUGAUCCAGAUCCUAGGUGACUCCUUUCCAUACAGGCUGAUUGCAAAGAAAAUAGACUUGCCUGAGUACCAAGGGGAACCUGAUGACAUUUCUAUCCAGAAGUGCCAGGAAGCAGCUAAGCAGAUCCAGGGACCAGUUAUUGUCGAAGAUACUUGUUUGUGUUUCAAAGCCCUUGGAGGACUCCCAGGGCCGUACAUAAAAUGGUUCCUAGAGAAGCUGAAACCAGAAGGGCUGUACAAACUGUUAGCAGGAUUUGAAGAUAAAUCUGCUUAUGCUCUCUGCACCUUUGCCUAUAGCACUGGAAAUCCGGAUGACCCAGUGAAGCUGUUCAAAGGCCAGACUCAGGGACAUAUAGUUGACCCAAGGGGACCUAGAGACUUCGGAUGGGAUCCAUGCUUCCAGCCAGAAGGUUAUGAUAAGACCUAUGCAGAAUUGCCCAAAUCAGUGAAGAACUCAAUCUCUCAUCGUUACAAAGCCCUGAAAGAACUGUCUACCUACUUCUCUCAAGAGCACAACUUGACAGAGGCCACAUCUUGUCUCAGUUAGCCUGCCUGGGUCUAUGAGAUCCCAUGGCUUUUGUACAGAAAAUUGUAUUUGAAAUUGGAGAUCAACGUUUACUUCCCUGCACAGAUCAUGUCCAAUAAUUUUAUUUUCUUUAAAGACCUGUGUUUCUCGCUUUCUUGUGAAAUAAUUAUUUCCAAAAGGCAGCAUGUCAAAUAUGUGUUGAAGGAUUUAGAUUUUCACUAGAAGCACCAGAAGAAUUCAAAAUACACUAGCAUGCAGGAAUGAAGAUGCAAGAAUAAACAUUAACUGUUUAAGUACCAGGAAAAUAAACACUGGAUUGAUGUGCUUUGUUAUCAAGACGGGCCCUUGAAUUUCCACGUCAAAUCAACAAUGGAGCAGGAGCAGAUUUUGAAAAGAGUCAAGAAAUGUCUUAAAGCAUCUUCUUCCAAGCAAAAGCGAAAAUGACUAAAGCCAGUGGUGCAGAUGAGGUUGGGCCGCAAAACCCAGGGCCCCCCAAAAUGACCACCCAAAAAGCAGGAAAUGAUGGGGGCUUGCCUAACCUCCAAUCACCAGUGUCACUGUGACUUCUCAGGGCAGGGGGAGACAGCAGAGAGUUUAGCAGGGGCGCUAGAUGGGCUCUUCCAGUGCAUAUUCACCAUGCUGACCUCAUUGUUUCUCCCGCUGGUAAGCUGCAUUGGUGGUUACUGUUGUGUCAGGGGCUGGUCUGGAUCGGAAGAUUGGAAAAUGCAAUCACAGGGAGAUCAGCUCCUAACAGAAGAGGAGGGAAAAUAUCCCCACCCACCCCAUUCCCAGCGUUUCCAGAAGCAGAGACAGGCAGAGACAGAAGCUGCACAGUUGAGAGAGGAACUACCCAGCUUUGAGAUAGUACCGUGGCUAGGCAACCAGAAGGGAGGGAGCAGCUGUGCGAUACAUCAAUCAAGAGUAGGGGGAAACCCCUCGCUCCCCUUGAACUCGGAGGUCCAAGCAUGCCAGAGAACAAAGGAGACGCAGAGGAGGGGCAUCUUGCAGAAGUGGGGAGGCGUUAGAGUGAGCAACUGCUAUCCUUGCAGAGAGUUGCCUGUCUGCUCGCAACAUCAUACUGUAGUAAAUCUACAAAAUCCUUGUUAAUUCUUAUUGGUGAGCUACCAGAAGGCAGAGGGGAACUCCCGUACUUGACAUGUUGGUAGGAAAGUGCUGCCCUCCUCCUGGUGACUGCUACUGAUCAAAUAGCCCCACAUAUACACCUGGACUGACAUGGACAUGGUGGAGCCCACUGUGGUGAGAGCUGGUUGCUGAAGUGUUAUUUUUCCUUUUCCUUUUAAAUGUUUUAUCGACGUGUUGUUGGCCAGGCAUAUGCAUUAAUAAGGAGGGGGAAGAAAUUUGAUUCAGUUCACAUUUAAAGGCAAACCUGCUUUUAAGCCACAGUUUCCUAAACAGUGCAAGAACACAGUCAUCCGUAAGUAACAUUCUCUUAAUUUUGCAAUGCAGUUCUGCAGUCAUGUAAUCUGUUCAGAUGUAUAUUACCAGGUUAAGUGUGCAUAAGAAAUGCAUCUAUUAAUGAGAAUGACAUAUUCCCAUUAUAUGAGGAGAGAGCGCUGUGCAUACUGGACAGUGUUGCAUACAAAGAUAUGUGCAUUAGGACAGAUUAAGACAAAAAUCUGUCCUUUUCUUUCUGUCUCUUGUACAGUUGUUUAUAAUACUUCUGAAAGCUUUUCCUUAUCUCUGUAGGGUUCUCUAUAUUUUUCCUGUCCAGCAUGAUGCUGGUAAUUGUACAGUACUUUGUUUCUGCCUCUUUUUCAAUUGCCAAGCUAGUAAUUUCGCACAUUUAUUAGCCGAUUCAAAAGUCCUUUGAUUUUCCAUUCAGUUUCCUGAUUAAUUAAUUGCGAAAACUGUGAUUGUAAAGCCUUUAUUUCCUUUUGAAUCUGUUGAUUUUUUGGAUUACUUCUCAACUUUUUUUCUUUAUCCUUCAAUUGUGUCAGGAUAUUAUCCUUCUUCUCAUUUUGGGCUUUCUUCCUUAUUGCAUUUUGCUGGAUCAGGAACCCUCUCAUUACCACUUGCGGCCCAAAUAACCCUUUUUUCUGUGUCCGUGUUCAAAUUUAUCUCAAAAUAGUCCUUUAGGGUCUUUUGGGCCUUCUUCACAAUCUGCUCAUUUCUCAAUAGCGCAUCAUUCAUCCUCCAUCUGAAAGAACCUUGAAGAGACAGUCUUAAUUCUACCAGCACAGCAUUAUGAUCAGAACAAGUCUUUGGGCAAAUCUCAGAUUUGCAUAUUCUUGGGGCUAACUCUCUAAUUGUCCAUAUAUAGUCCAAACGGCUGCACGACUGAUUUGCAUCAGAAUAGAACGUGAAGUCUUUUUCCACUGAAUUUUUCAAUCUCCAUGUAGCAAUCAUAUCAAAAUUGUCCAGCAUUUCAAAGAAAGUCUUUGGUAGUCUCCCCUCAUUAGUAAACUUUCUGUCCAUCAAGGUGGAGACUAUCCCGUUUAGGUCUCCCAUCAGGACAAUUUUAUAAUCCAGAUAGUCCAUUAAUGUAUUGUGAAGUUUCUUGAAGAAUUCAGCCUUGCCAUCAUUUGGUGCAUAAAUUGCCAGCAAUAAUUCCCCCCCCCCUGUGCUGUUAUUUCAACUGCAACAUAUCUUCUCUCUUCAUCUUUAAAGAUCAUUUUUGGAUUAAGUUUUUCUUUAGCAUAAAUUUCUUUAGCAUAAAUUACUCUACUUUUUUCACUUUAUCUGAUGAAAUAAAUUCUUGGCCCAGUCUUUUAUUUUGUAUAAUCUUUCUGUAUGUUCUCAUCACAUGGGUUUCUUGCAAACAUAUUAAAUCUAAAUUUUGUUUUAUCAGCACAUGAUGAAUUUGAUUUCUUUUGGCCCAUAAAUUCAAACCGUUCACCUUCCAUGAUAAUAUUCUCAAAGCCAUAUUGAUCUACUGUACUGCUCCUGCUCCUAAAUCCAAUCUGAAAAACUGUGGUCCUCCUGAUGGCAAUCCAGGUCCUUGGCCUAAUUCUGAUUCAAAAUCUUUGGUGUUCUUCUCCAAGAAUCUCCUCUUCUCUUCCACUGUUCUAAUUCAUACUUUCCUUUCUUGGUAUUUGAAGAAAAGGCCUUGGGGAAAAUCCCAGUGAAAGAAGAUCCCUUUCUUCCUUAGAGCACUUGCCAAAUCUGAAUAAUUAUUUCUCAGUUCCAGAAAGAAUUUAGGAAUUUCUUUAAAAAGCACGACCUGGCGUUCUUAAAUUCUUCUUAUAAUGCAAUCCCAGGAUUUUAUUUCUUUGUUCUUUGGUGUGGAAAAGCACCAGGCAAUUGUUUACAAUUCUUGAAUCUUUUUUUACCUCUUGCUCCAAACCUGUAGGCCUUCACAAUUGAUGCAUCCAAUUCUUCCUUGGCCAACUCCCAAUAUGACACAAAUUCCUGGACUAAGAAAUCCUUGUUCAAUUUCGGGCAGUCCUCUUAAACGUAAGUGCGACUCCUCUCUCAUCUGUAGAAAGGCAAUUGCAGUUUGUGCCAAUUCCUGUUGCCUUUCAAGGUCCUGUAAUUUCACCGAUUCCAGCUCUGUAACUCUUGCGUGGGCAAGUAACUUUCUUGCCGCUGUAGAUGCAUCCAUCCUCAAAACUGUUGGAAAAAAGAACCACCGAGGAGGAAAAACAUGAUCAAAGACUAGCAUAUUUGUAUUACAAACUGUAUUUGAAUCAAAAGAAUUUGUUUAUGUAGCUACUUGGAAUUGUGGGGAAGGGGGAACUGGGCGUGGGAGGGGGGGCAUAAGAGCUCCACUCUAGCUGCUGGUCUCACUGCUGCGGCUGCCUGGAACAAAAAAGAAGAGAAAAGAUUCUUAAUAUUUAAUUUAUUAUUAUAUUCAUAACCCAUCUUUCUGCUCCCCCCCCCCCGCCCCGCAACCAGAUUUUCUAUGGCCAGGGGCAUCUUGCCCAUAGGAGCUAGUGGCGCUGGGCACCACAGCGCCAAGUUCUGGAGGGCGCCAAGGAAGAGGCGAGGCUCAACACGGCGCCUCCCAGCAACAGCUCUCUGCCCUCCGCCAUGCCGCGCCGCGCCCGAAGCCUCCUCCCAGCCGGAGGAGCCACCCUCCAGCCUGGCCACCGUGAGGGAAAUGGGGUGGGGGUGGGGCGCCGGAGGGAUUUUUGCACCACGGCCCUGUCUCUGGCCUCCCUGUUCCUGAUGAAGAAAGAUCAACACUCACCCUCCACGUUGGUAUCAGUGGACUCCAUCCCCUGGUUGAAUGGUCUUACAAAAAUUUCUCUGAUCUUUAACACCUCCUCCUUUCCAUCUUUCAUUACUCUUACUUCUUCUUUCCAUCCAUCUUCCACCUCCUCACCGACCAGGGGAUGUAUCUUGGGCAAACGGCAGCAGGAGACCAGCAACCCGCGGAGCCUUCUCAGACUUCGGAACCUAGGAAAGAAGGGGGGGGGAUUAGGAAAUGGGUUCUAGAUACGUAUCUCUGCGCUACAUUUCUAAAUCUUGAGGGAACGUGAAAGAAGCAGAAUGCAGAAAGAAGGAGAAAUCCUACUUACACUUGAGACGAAGAGAGUCUCUCCAUUCUCUCACGGAACAUCUCGCGUUUGUCACUUGUUAUCCUCUCCCUCACUUGCUAUCCUCAAAUGGUUGCUCUUCCCAAAGUUCUCAGCCAAGUCACUCAGCAGGGGGACGUGUCACAAUGAAGGACAUGACCCCGUUACUUUAGCUAUCUUGCUUAGCAACUGGCAUUGUUCCCCUUAACAUUCACUUCUCAAAUAUAUCUUUCAGUGGGUUAAGCAGUGGGUUAAGCGGUGCACUCCUGGACAGGACAGGAAACACCUUGCAAACACACACCCUUUUCAACAUGGCGGGGUCACCAAGGGAAAGCACUUCUGGCCUAAACUAUGGCUGCUGUUUCUCACUUACCGGUAAUAGUUCAAAAUAACCCCUCUCAACACCCUGUAGUAAUCUGUCCAGUAUUAUGUUUAAAUGUACCCCAAGCUCUACAUUUGAUUAUUGGCUAUUCAAAACCAUUUUAUUUCAUUCACAAAAGAAAAUCUGACAUGUGAUUCUGAUAAAUGUUUAUAGACAAUGGAUGAGACAUUUAUUGAUCCUUUUUGUAAGUUGUUAUUUGUCUACUUUAAUGUUUUAUUUUUAUAUAGUAAUCCAGAAGGGGUUGGGGUGGGAAGCAGUUUUGAAUAUGAAACUGGUGGAUGACUGUCAUUCGUUCAGAUCCAUUUCAUAGAAUCCUAGAAUCUUAGAGUUGGAAGGGAGCCAAGGGUCAUCUAGUCUAACCCCCUGCAAUGCAGGAAUUUCAGCAACAGCAUCCAAGACAGAUGGCCAUCCAGCCUCUGUUUAAAAACCUCCAAGGAAGGAGAGUCCACCACCUUGCAAGGGAGUCUGCUCAACUGCCAAACAGCUUUUACUGUCAGAAAGGUUUUUACGAAUGUUUAGUUGGAAUUUCCUUUCUUUUAAUUUGAAGCCAUCUGUUUGAGUCCUACUGUCUGGAGCAGGAUAAAACAAGCACCCUCCCUCUUCCAUGUGAAAGCCCAUAAGAUAUCUGAAGAUCUCCUCUCAGUCUCCUCUUUUCCAGGCUAAACAUACCCAGCUCCUUCAAGCAUUUUUUGCAAGGCUUCAUUUCCAGACCCUUGAUCAUCUUGGUCACCCUCCUCUGCACAUGUUCUAGCUUGUCAGCAUCCUUCUUAAAUUGUGGUGCCUAGAAUUGGACACAGUAUUCCAAGUGUGGUCUGACCAAGGCAGAAUUGAGUGGUACUAUUACUUCCCUUGAUCUGGACAGCCUAGAAUAGUGUUAGGUUUCUUUUGCUGCGGCAUCAAGCUGUUGACUCAUGUUAAGCUUUCGGUCCAGCAAGACCCUUAGAUCUUUCCCACGGAUACUGCUAGAAAGCCAGCUGCCCCCCAUCCUAUCUUAGUGAAUCUGGUUCUUCCUGUCUAAGUGCAGAACCUGACAUGACUCCCUAUUGAAAUUCAUUUUGUUCACUUGCGCCCAGUUCUCCAAUUUGUUCAUGUCAUUUUGAAUUCAGAUAAUUUCCCUCCCACUUGGGAGGCUUCCGUUGGCUUGGUUCUAAGAAUGCGUACACACUCAGAUGGUCACAGUUCCUGUUUUAUAAGCACAGCUUUCCCUAAGCGCAGGCUUAGAUUCUGUGGUUCUGUGGCUCUCUCUUCUAAUUCUUUGCUGUAUCACUUCCUAAUCAGUCCUUUCCCUUAUUAAGAUAACAAUAACAUUGAUAAGGGUAAUAGUAACAAGAACAUUAGCGCCAUCAUGCUGCCUGCUAGCACAACCAAACAACAAGGGGUCAUUUCUCCACCUCGCACACGUAAGGGCACAGCAAGGGGCGCUCCUGCCGUGGAGGUGGCUAAAAAAACUAAGAAGAGGGCGCUCUCUUAGGGGAGGAAGCGUACCCCCACACCAUGUGUUUCUGCUGGAGGCAAGAAGGCAACAUCGGUUGGCUCUUCCACCGCACCUGGGAGCCUUGCGACCACCAUCAAGUAGUCUGCUAUUGGGUGCUUUCCUGACCUCCUUUGGGUUGUCUAUCAAUUUUCCUUUAUCUUUGAUUUUAGAUAUAAUAUUUUGAGUUUCUUUUUUCUUCAGUUGUCACACCAGCAACUUGCUUGAUUUUUUAGCAUGUUCGAAGUACUUAUGUUUCAUUCUUUUUCUUUACUAUUGUUCAUUGUUCAUUGUAUUUGUAAUAACUUAAUCACUUGCUUUAUAGUUUCUUUGUUGGGUUUCUGAAUACUUUUUCCUUUUUUGUCAAGGCCUCUAAAAUUUUCUUUUUCUUCUGUUCUCUCAAUUUCUUUUUAUAUGUGUUUUGUUGUAUAAACAGAUCUCUCCUGACCACCUUACUGGCAUCCCAAACCACCUGUAAUGUUGUUUCUCUAUUUAAAUUUAAUUCAAAAUAAUCUAAUAUUUUCUCUGCUUUUUCUAAAAGUUUCUGAUCAUCUAACAACUCCUUAUUCAAUCUCCAUCUACGAGUGGAGUCAUUUCCCUCUCGUAGUUGCAGUGCUACUGGAUUAUGAUCUGGAAUUGUUCUUAGUAAUAUUUCUAUUAUUUUAACUCUGAGUUUGUAUUCUUGUUAUAAAAAAGCGCGCCUAGAUAUUCUGCUGUUGCACCCAUAACCUAGGUUUAAGGUGCCAUUUAGCUCCUAGCGUUCAUAUCUCAGUUUCUAACCACAUACAUACACACAAACGAAGGAAUGGAGAGAGAGAAAGAAGAUGGAGAUGGAGAAAAGAGAAG